AUGCAGCCAUUCAAACAAACUGUCUGUUCUCUACUUAUAGUGUAAGCAAACAGAGCAGUGUUUGUCUCCAGUCUCUGCAAUGCUACUGGGACUACUGAAUGAUCGGCUAUUUGUAUUUUAAAUUGAACCUUUAUUUAUAUAUAUAGAACACGGCUUAUGUGACAGACAUGGAUUUGGACCUGGGAGGGAUAUUUCUAGAGAAUAGCACCUAUAGCUACGAUGGGGACUAUGUUUAUAAAGAGGAAUGCUCCCCUGAAGAUGGCGUUGGAGUGCGUUUUGGCACGGUGUUCCUCCCAAUGCUCUACUCCCUGACGCUGGUCCUGGGGCUAGUGGGUAACGUGCUGGUCCUGGUGGUUCUGGUCCAGAGGAGGCGGAGCUGGAGCGUGAUGGACACCUUCAUCCUGCACCUGGGCUUGGCCGACACCCUGCUGCUGGUCACCCUGCCCUCUGGGCUGUUCAGGCCACUGGGGAAUGGAGCUCGGGACCCCCUCUGCAAGAUCACUGGAGCCAUGUUCACAAUCAACUUCUACUGUAGCAUCUUCCUGCUGGCCUGCAUCAGUCUGGAAGCCCUGGAUGGUGCAAGCCUGUCCGUGCACUUCCUGGAGUCUGUGAGGGACACCAGUCAAGACAAACAGAAGUGUGUCCACAAUUACCCGUCUCUCUCCCAGUCUGGGUUUGACUGGCGUCUGGCCUCCCGCCUGCUCUACCAUACAGUGGGCUUCCUCCUCCCCUCUGCCGUGCUGCUCUUCUGCUACUCUUGCAUCCUGCUGCAGCGUGGCUCCCAGGGCCUCCAGAAGCAGAGGGCCGGCCGGGUCAUCCUGGCCCUGGUGCUGGUCUUCUUCCUCUGCUGGACGCCCUACAACAUCACCCUAAUGGUGGACACCUUUCAGGGGAGGCCUGGGGAGCCUGUUUCUGGGUCCUGUGAGAACGGGAGGACAGCUGUCGAGAACAGUCUGGUGGUUACGUUCGCUCUAGCCUGCCUGCACGCUUGCCUCAACCCAGUGCUCCAUCUCAGACUGUGUAGAAACUUCCGGCGACGCGUGCUGGAUAUGGUGAGGAAGUUGUAUGGGUCUGGGGGGCUGGUAGAUGACCGUAACCUGGGUCAUGGGUCUGAGGGCUGGUGGAUGACAUCAAGCACAGUUCAUGGGUCUGAGGGCCUGACGAAUGGCCAUAACCUGGGUCAUGGGUCUGGGGGCACAGUAGAUGACCGUAACCUAGGUCAUGGGUCUAGGGACUGGUAG